UGUAUCAGCUGCGGUGGAGAGACGGUUUGUAGAUCGCUGAAGGAGGAACAGAGAUGGCAGAUUUGUCGUUGUGUUUGACUAAUGUCAGCGUUUCUUUGAGUCAACCUAUGGACACUGAAAAGCAUCAGAGUGCAGAAGGGGACUUUGAGAGCGUGGAGAUGGGGGACCUAACGGGUACGAAAGGGAGGGUGAAGGUUCCCCGCAGGACCAUUUACUUUGCCAGUGGAGAGACCAUGGAGGAAUACAGCACUGAUGAAGAGGAGGAAGAGGAGGAGCCGGUGAAGAAAGAAAUCUCUCAUGUUGAUGCGUCUAAAUUAACCUGGGGUCCUUAUUUCUGGUUCCACAUGUGGAGAAUGGCCACUAACACCAUCUCAGUGUGUGACUACAUGGGGGAGAGACUGGCCUCUCUGUUCGGCAUCACUACUUCAAAGUACCAAUACGCGAUUGAUGAGUACUACCGUAUCAAGAAAGAGGAGGAAGAGGAGGAGGAGGAGAACCGCUUGGCCGAGGAGGCAGAGCGGAACUUCGCCGAGCAGCAGAAAGCGAAGCAGGAGGAGCAGGCCACUCUCCACCACGCCACCGUGGAGCAGCCGGAGGCGGCCGCCACCUCCUUCGUGAACAUCAGCUUCGAGCUGGAGCCCGAGCCUGCCCUCAGGAGUCCAGACACCAACAGAGUCCCAUCACCCCUCCCCUCCUGAAAAAACCCCCCAGACACAACCUCUAAUCUCCAUCGUACAUUUCUGUCAGUUGGUAAAAUCUUAACCUCGGUAGCUGUGUGGGCUCGUGAUAAUUUUUUAUGUUGGUUUGUAUUUUUACCUAAUAAAAGAAGGCGUCAGCUCUCAGUGCAGGGAGAAAUGAAAAGGGCUGCGGGAGCGGCUGCACUUGCCUUACCUGUGAAUGUACAUUUGUGUUUAAGCAUGUAUGCAGGACAGUGAACUUGUAGACUGCUCUGGGGCUCCACUCACUUUGAAGCCAGUGUUGAAAGAAAUGUUAAAUCUGAGAUGGACAUACACUCCAAAGAGAGCUGAGAAAAACUGCUUUGGUCCCACCUUAUGGCUAACACAUGUACAAACGCUCAUCAGAGGUACAGCCGUGGAUCCUGCUACUAAUCACACUGACACGGGAAGGAUUCCAUUAACGUUUUUCUCAAUACUCUACUGUUGGAGCUUGUCUCCAUCUCCAGUCCAGUUUGCCAUUUUCAAUGUGUAUAAAGCCUUAAGGACCUUAAUGAAGUUGUUGAAGUGAAUUGACUUUUACGCUUAUAACCUGUAAAUACUGUGUAAAGAUAUACAGUUGUCCUAAGUAUGUUCAUUUUUGAAAAUAAAGGGUCUGAAGGAACUGAAUG